AUGGCUGCCCAAAAUUUGGUUAGAGAGGGUGUACGGUGGAGAGUUGGAAAUGGAAGCAAUAUUCAUAUUUGGGGUGAUAAAUGGCUACCCACAUCAUCCACAUACAAGAUUGCUUCACCCAGACAGUUUUUGCACCAAGACACAAGGGUGAGUGAGCUAAUUGACCAAGAUUCAGCAAGAUGGAAGGUAAAUGUACUGGAUGCCUUGUUCUUUCCUUAUGAAGCCGAUGUGAUAAAAGGUAUCCCAAUCAGUUCUUCUCUUCCACCGGAUAAGAUGAUAUGGGCUGCAACUCCGAAUGGCAAGUUUAGUGUUAAGAGUGCUUAUAGUAUUGCCAUGCGACAAGCAAACCGGGUAGACCAAGGCCCCCAAAUGUAUCAAGCCGCCCCUGUCUGUGAGGGGUGCGGGUUGGAGGCCGAAACUACUGGACACUUGUUUUGGACGUGCCCAAGAGCUAGAGAGGUCUGGACCUGUUUGAAAUUAGUUGUGCCGGUGGACAAUGAUAGAAUUUUUUCGCUCCUUGACUUGCUGUGGUCCAUGUUGGUUGAAGAAAGCCAAAAUGUUGAGAUAGUGGCGAAGGUGGUUUGUAUCGCAUGGGCAAUGUGGCGCAAUCAGAAUGAGGUUCAGCAUGGUGGGCAACGACGGAAUGGGAAGGAUAAGGUUCGUUGGGCUUCUCAAUAUAUGGAGGAGUAUAAGGCAGCAACGGAAAGGUUAAGCUGUAAUGAAGAGGCGGAUGAGGCAGGGGGUACGUGGAGUCCUCCUCCGGCAUGCAGUUUCAAAAUUAAUGGCGACAGUGCUAUUUUCGCGAACCAAAAAGCAGUGGGUGUAGGAGUGAUUGUCAGAGACGACAUAGGCAGGAUCGAGGCGGCAAUGAGCAAGAAGAUUCCUAUUCUGUUGGGCGCUGUGGAGGUAGAGGUGAUGGCGUACGAAAUAGGUUUGCUCUUUGUGAAGGACAUCGGCAUUCAUGACUUGAUCAUGGAGGGUGAUUCGCUCAUCAUUCACCGUGCUAUGUGCGACAUGUCCACUCCACCUUCCUCUGUAGCUGUUGUUAUUCAAGGCAUGCAGGAUAUGUGCAAGGAAUUUCGUAGAGUUAUGUUCUCACACGUCUAG